GUGGCUCUGCCACGGCCUGGGGAGGUCUUGACUGGGGGGUUCAGGCUGUGAAUGAGGGGUGGGGUCCCCUGGCUGUCCCUGUGCCCCCCACUGACACUUUGUCCUUCCAGAUUCCUCCUCGUCUUCAGCUGCCUGGUGCUGUCGGUCUUCUCCACCAUCCAGGAGCACCAGAAACUGGCCAACGAGUGCCUCUUCAUCCUGGAAUUCGUGAUGAUCGUGGUGUUCGGCAUGGAGUACAUCGUCCGCGUGUGGGCCGCCGGCUGCUGCUGCCGCUACCGCGGCUGGCGCGGGCGCUUCCGCUUCGCCAGGAAACCCUUCUGCGUGAUAGACUUCAUCGUCUUCAUCGCCUCGGUGGCCGUCAUCGCCGCGGGCACGCAGGGCAACAUCUUCGCCACGUCGGCGCUGCGCAGCAUGCGCUUCCUGCAGAUCCUGCGCAUGGUGCGCAUGGACCGCCGCGGCGGCACCUGGAAGCUGCUGGGCUCCGUCGUCUACGCCCACAGCAAGGAGCUCAUCACCGCCUGGUACAUCGGCUUCCUGGUGCUCAUCUUCGCCUCCUUCCUCGUCUACCUGGCCGAGAAGGACGCCAACGUCCAGUUCGCCACCUACGCCGAUUCCCUCUGGUGGGGCACGGUGACCCUGACCACCAUCGGCUACGGGGACAAAGCGCCGCAGACGUGGCUGGGCCGGAUGCUGGCGGCCGGAUUCGCCCUGCUCGGCAUCUCCUUCUUCGCCCUGCCCGCGGGGAUCCUGGGCUCCGGCUUUGCCCUCAAAGUGCAAGAGCAGCAUCGGCAGAAGCACUUUGAGAAGAGGAGGACCCCGGCAGCCAACCUGAUCCAGGCUGCCUGGCGCCUGUACUCCACGGAUGCCAGCCGGGUGUACCUGACGGCCACGUGGUGUUACUACGACAGCCUCCUGCCCGCCUUCAGAGAGCUGGUCCUUAUAUUUGAGCAUUUGCACCGGGUCCGCAACGGAGGAUUUAGGAACUCAGAGGUGAAAAAAUGGCCUGACAGAGCCCCACCACCCUACCACUGCUUCACCCCUGCCCAGAAAACCUUCAGCCUGGCCGUGUGUUCAGGGGAAAGCAACAAGAUGGGCAUCAAGGAGCGGAUCCGGCUGAGCAGCUCGCAGCGCCAGGGCAGCCGCGGCCGGCAGCAGCACCUGGGGCCGCCCCUGCACCGCUCCCCCAGCACCGAGGACGUGGCCGAGGCCUCCAGCCCCACCAAGGUGCAGAAAAGCUGGAGCUUCAACGACCGCACCCGAUUCCGAGCAUCCCUGAGGCUCAAGCCGCGGACCCCGACUGAGGCCGACUGCCCGCCGGACGACAGCGGCGAGGAGAGGAACUCCCCCUGCGACCUGACCUUCGAGGACAUCAUGCCGGCAGUGAAGACCCUCAUCCGGGCUGUCAGGAUCCUGAAGUUCCUGGUGGCCAAGAGGAAGUUCAAGGAGACCUUGCGUCCCUACGACGUCAAGGAUGUCAUCGAGCAGUACUCGGCGGGACACCUGGACAUGCUGGGCAGGAUCAAGAGCCUGCAGACACGCGUGGACCAGAUCGUGGGCAGGGAUCGGGCGCUCCCCGCGGACAAGAAGGUUCGGGAGAAGGGGGAGAAGCCGGCGCUGGAGGCGGAGCUGGACGAGCUCAGCAUGAUGGGACGCGUGGUCAAAGUGGAGCGGCAGGUGCAAUCCAUCGAGCACAAGCUGGACCUGCUGCUCGGCCUCUACUCGCAGUGCCUCCGCAAGGGCUCCAGCAACUCCUUCAGCCUGGCCGCGGUGCGGGCGCCGCCCGGCGAGCCCGACAUCACCUCGGACUACCACAGCCCCGCGGAGCACGAGGACAUCUCCGCCUCCGCCCAGACCCUCAGCAUCUCCAGGUCGGCCAGCGCCAACAUGGACUGAGCAGGAGGCAGCGGGAUGGACCCUGCCCGCCGGGGAUGGGGCGCUGGGGCGGCGUGGCGCUGUCCCCUCGCUGUCACCUCGCUGUCACCUCGCUGUCACCUCGCUGUGUUGCUUGAACCGAGUCUUCCUCUGCGGGGACACGGCUGCAGCAGGGUGGCUGUGGCAGUGUGGCAUGGCCAGCCCAGGCUCCUGGGAUGUUCCUGGGACAUUCCUGGGAUGCUCCUGGGGGUGAUUCUGGGGUAUUCCUGAGAUGCUCCAGGGACAUUCCUUGGAACGUUCCUGGGAUAUUCCUGGGGAUGCUCAUGGAAUAUUUCUGGGGAUGUUCCUGGGAUGCUCCUGGGAUGUUCCUGAGGAGCUCCUGGGAUGUUCCUGGGCUAUUCCUGGGAUGUUCCUGGCUUCCUGUAGGAUGACAUCCCCCCAGCUCCGGGGUCCUGGGUGCUCCCCAGCUGUGGUGGGGAUGCUCUGGGCUGGCCCCAUCCCCUGGGGUUUGGUUUGAACCCCAUCCCCAGCCCUCAGGACAGGUCCUGCCUGGUCCCCCAGAGCUGAGCCGGGGCCACCAUCAGCUAUGCAAGGUCCCACCUCCUUCUUGCUGCCAGUGCAGGGGUGUGGGGGCACGACCCAGGGUGGUUUUACCCGCGUCACUCGGGGUCCCCUGUGUGGGGAGCAGGGGACUGUCCCCCCUCCCUAGGCUGCACCUCUCCAGAAGCACAGCAGAGCCUUCUGCCUGCCCGUGCAUGCUCCCAGGGCAAUAUAUAUAUAGAAGAUAUAUAUAUGUAUUUAUGCAAUAAUGUCUUAAUAUGCAACACCCCUGGGAAGAGCAACCCGAGGGGCCAUAGGCAAUAAGCAACCCUCUGCCAGCUCCCAGGGCUGGACUGUGCUGCCCAGGAGGGCCCUGGAGGCCCUGAGGGCUCAAGGCCGGGGGGAAAUCUCCACCUGAGGGUGGCCCUGGAGCCAGGAAGCUGAGCAGGGGCUGUGGGGACAGGCGCUGUCCCCAAGGAGUGUCUCUCCCUCUGUGCCCCAACCCCUGCUCCUGCUUAAAGGAUUCCCUCCCUGCUGGGUCCUGCGGUGCUCAGUUUGUCCCUGUCCCCUCUGUGGUCCGGGGAGCACGGGCCGGGCCUGGAGGGGGCCUACCACAGGGUGGUGUCCUUGCAUGUCACCUUCAGCAGAGCCACGACAGCUCCCGCGCUGCCCCAGUCCCCUGCGCUGCUCCCCAGCCCAGCAACACCGGGACUGUGCCAAAGCGCCGGGCUGGGGCUGCACCCGGGGCUCCAGGGGGUUCGGUGGUCUCCCCACAGUGCCAGGAUCUGUCCUGGGCUGCUCCCCCCGCUGCCAGCUCCGCUCCUCUCUGGGAUGGCACGGUGGGAUUCGCACCCCUUCUCCCGUGCCCCUGCUCCGGGCACUGCGGACUCCCGACCCUGCUCGUCCCCUCGCCCCGUUAGUGCAUGUGGCCAGCGCGGGCCGUGCCAGAGCUGCUUGAACCCCCCCACCCUGCUCCUGCCCUCCCCCCGGGGGUGCCCGGGCGGUGCGACACCAGGGGACAGCGCUGGGUGGGUGGCCGUGGGGCCAGGUGCAUGCGACAGCUUUGCCCGCAGCCGCACGCAGGAAUUAACCCUUAGAACCCCCCUCCCGAGGCUGGCUGGUCCCCGCAGAUCCCCCCGAGCCAGCGGUAGUUACCUCACUUGAUUAACUUAUUAACUUAUUUGUUUCAUUAAAAUUUGGAGUAGAGGCUGCCCGCCUGCUGCCGUCUGUGUCCCGGCGCUCCCGAGAGGUGGCACUCCAGCCCUGCCACCCAGCCGCGGCCAGGGGACAGCAACGUCCGGCCGGGGACACAAAUGUCCGGCAGGGGACACAAAUGUCCGGACUCCUCCCUGACCCCUUAAGCUGCAGAAAGCCACCGAGAUGGGAUUGAGAGCCCAGCUCCGGCUCUCUCGCCCUCCCCAGCUCCAUCCUGUGCGCGGCGGGUGCAGGGCUGGUGUCGCUGCAGGAGGACCCGUGCGCCGCUUUUUUGGCACCUUACACGGAAGGGUCGCUGCCCCGGGAAGGGCUGUGCCCCCCCUGCCUGUUUGGUGUGUCCCCUCCCCAAAUGGCGACGACGCUGCGAUGUCCCCAAGGCCAUCCCAGGGAGGUGAGGGUGGAGCCCCCUUCCCCAGGAGCCCCCAGACCCCUGUAGGGACAGCAAAGCUUCACCCCGUGGCUGUGAGCUGGCACCCCCGGGGACAACGCGUCCUGCAGCGAUGUCGGGGCUGAGGCGGCCCCUUCCCGUGCCGCUGGCCGGAGAGGAAGCCGGGGCUGGCCGCGGCUCGGUCCCUGCCUUUCCUGGCUGCCUCCUGCCAAGAAACUCGCUCCAGGAUCGCCUCGGAGCCGAGCUCUGCGGGGGCAGCGCCUCCGUGCCCCGCUCGCAGCGCCCCAGAGCUGCCCGGCUCGGGGAUGGGGGGUUCGGGGUGCUCCAGCACCCCGGUUCCGCCGAGAGCCCGAUGUGUGGGGUGUGAUCCCUGGGGCGUUGGCUUUGGGGGGCACUGUGCCGGCCUCUCGCGGUGUUCCCAGAAGGGUGGGCGGCUUUCCCGGGUGGGUUUGGAGGGAUUCAUCCCUGCAGCUGUGGGAUCUUCACCCCGCAUCCAGCCCGGCUGUGUUCAUGGGGCAUCCAGGGCCAACCCAGCCGGGUGUGGGGUCUAAGCGGUGGGGACGGGGUCCUGGCAGCUUGUCCCUCCCCCGGCACGGCCGGGGCGGUGGCACAGGCAGGGUGUGUGCCAGCCCGCGGCUCUGCCUCCCGCCGUCACAUGGGCCCAAGGUGCCCCGGCAGGACUUUGUCCCCCUCCACCUUGGUGGCCCCACGUGCGCCGAGGCUGCCACUCCCGGCAAAGGGGACACGAGCAGGGAGGGAGACGCUGGCGUCAGAGUGACACAGAGGGAGCUGUGACCUCGCAGGGCCAGCUGGCCGCGUCCCGCCGGAGCCCAGCCGCAGGAACGGG